AUGGUAGCUGUCGUUGGUGACUCUGGAUCCACACAAUCAAUUGCGAUUUCUCUGAUUAUUGGAUCCUUUGACAUUCCCCAAGUCAGCCACUUCUCUACUUGUGCUUGUUUGUCUGAUAAGAAGCAGUUCCCAAACUUUUUCAGAACAAUUCCCAGUGAUGCUUUCCAAGCUGUAGCUCUGGCAAAGCUGGUGAAACACUUUGGCUGGACGUGGAUAGGCGCUAUCUGCUCUGACUCAGACUAUGGCAAUAACGGGAUGGCCUCUUUUCUCAAAGCAGCUCAAGAGGAAGGGAUUUGUGUGGAGUUUUCAGAAUCCUUUUUACGAAGCAACCCGAUCAGCAAAAUCCAAAGGGUAGCCGAUUUGAUCCGCAGGUCAACAGCUAAGGUUAUUGUUGCCUUUGCUGGCAUGGGAGAAAUGGAUGUCUUGCUGGAGGAACUUGCCACAAAGCCUUCGCCAUCUCGUCAGUGGAUAGGCAAUGGGGAUACAGACAAACAAGUGUGUAAUGGAAGUGAAGACCUACAAAAGGUUCCAAAUGAUUUUAUCCUAUCAUCUCAGCUGAGAAUAACUACCAUGGUGUAUAAGGCUGUUUAUGCAAUAGCUCAUGCUAUUCACAAUGUUGUCUGUGUGGACAAAAAUGCAACAGCCCAGUGUGACAAACAUUUGAUGCUGGAAUCCAAGCAGGUUUUAACUGCACUAAAGAAAGUAAAUUUUACCCAGAAUGGCUAUUCUGUGUCUUUUGAUACUAAUGGAGAUCCUGUGGCUGCUUAUGAGCUGGUCAACUGGCAUAAGGGUGAGAGUGGAAAUAUUGAGUCUGUAACUGUAGGAUACUAUGAUGCAUCCCGACCAAAAAAUAAAGAACUCUAUAUAAACAAAAAUCUAACCUGGAUGGAUGGUAGACAAGAAGUUCCAGUGUCAGUGUGUUCUGACAGAUGUCCUCCAGGAACUUACAAAGUGCUGCAAAAAGGAAAACCAAUCUGUUGCUAUGAUUGCAUAAAAUGUCCUGAGGGAGAGAUUAGCAACACUACAGAUUCCUCUGAUUGUUUCCCAUGCCCCAUAGAAUUCUGGCCAAAUGCAGAAAGAGACUCAUGUCAUCCUAAACCAGUCGAGUUUCUUUCCAUUAAUGAGACUCUGGCGAUCAUCCUGGCUUUCUUCUCUGUUGGUGGAGCAUGUCUAGCCAUCCUAACAGCAGCAGUUUUUUUCCAUCACAGAACAACCCCAAUAGUACGGGCCAACAACUCAGAGCUGAGCUUCCUGCUGCUCUUCUCCCUGACUCUGUGUUUUUUAUGUUCCUUAACUUUCAUCGGGGCUCCCACUGAGUGGUCUUGUAAGCUGCGUCACUCAGCUUUUGGCAUCACCUUUGUUCUUUGUAUCUCCUGUGUGCUUGGAAAAACCAUAGUGGUCUUGAUGGCCUUUAAAGCUACACUGCCAGGUAGCAAUGUCAUGAAAUGGUUUGGUCCUCUACAGCAAAGACUGACUGUAGUGCUCUUUACCUUUGUUCAAGUAUUAAUCUGCACUGUUUGGCUUGUGCUGAGACCUCCAUUUCCAAUGAAAAAUUUCUCCACGUACAAAGAGCGGAUCAUCCUGGAGUGUGCUUUGGGCUCUGCCAUUGGGUUCUGGGCUGUGUUGGGGUACAUCGGACUUCUGGCUGUGUUCUGCUUUGUGUUAGCUGUGCUGGCUCGGAAACUGCCGGACAACUUUAAUGAAGCCAAAUUAAUAACAUUUAGCAUGUUGAUUUUCUGUGCAGUCUGGCUCACCUUCAUACCAUCUUAUGUCAGCUCUCCUGGAAAAUUCACAGUAGCUGUGGAGAUAUUUGCUAUUCUGGCCUCCAGUUUUGGACUAAUAAUGUGCAUAUUUGCUCCAAAGUGCUUUAUCAUACUGUGUCAGCCCAAGAAGAACACCAAAAAAUAUUUAAUGAGCAAAAAGUAA